CACCCACUGAAGCCAAGGCAUGUGAAACUGCUGUCCACUAAAAUGGGCCUGAAAGUCACGUGGGACCCACCCAAAGAUGCUACCAGUAGACCUGUGGAGCAUUACAACAUUGCCUAUGGGAAGUCACUGAAAAGUCUUAAAUACAUCAAGGUGAAUGCGGAGACACACUCCUUCCUUAUUGAGGAUGUGGAGCCGGGGGUAGUGUACUUUGUGCUGGUUACUGCAGAAAACAACAAUGGAGUGAGCCGUCCAGUUUACAGAGCUGAAAGCCUGCCUGGAGGUGAAUGGAUCAAGAUUGAUGGUUUUCCCAUUAAGGGUCCAGGAUCAUUUAAUGAAACCGGCACAGAAAAGGACGUGCCCAACAAGCCCUUGCGGGUCCGAGUCCGCUCCUCCGAUGACCGGCUGUCCGUGGCGUGGAAGGCGCCGCGCCUAUCUGGAGCCAAGAGUCCACGCAGAUCACGGGGUUUCCUUCUGGGCUACGGGGAAAGUGGCCGGAAGAUGAAUUAUGUUCCACUGACAAGAGAUGAGCGAACACAUGAAAUUAAAAAGCUAGCCUCGGAGUCGGUAUACGUGGUCUCCCUGCAGUCCAUGAACUCCCGGGGGCAGAGUCAGCCUGUCUACAGGGCUGCCCUAACGAAGCGGAAGAUUUCAGAAGAGGAUGAACUGGACUUACCUGAAGACAUCAAUGUUCGGGUAAUGUCGUCACAAUCUGUGCUGGUAGCCUGGGUGGAUCCUGUUUUGGAAAAACAGAAGAAAACUGUUGCAUCAAGACAGUACACGGUGCGCUACCGAGAAAAGGGGGAAUCAGCGAGGUGGGAUUACAAGCAGGUCUCCAACAGACGUGUGCUGAUUGAGAGCUUGAUUCCAGACACCAUGUAUGAAUUUGCAGUCCGCAUCUCACAGGGUGAACGCGAUGGCAAAUGGAGUACAUCUGUCUUCCAGAGAACACCGGAAUCUGCUCCUACCACAGCUCCUGAAAAUUUAACCGUCUGGCCAGUCAAUGGCAAACCUACGGCUGUCACUGUAGCUUGGGAUGCACUGCCUGAGACUGAGGGGAGAGUGAAAGAAUACAUUCUUUCAUACGCCCCGGCUCUCAAACCCUUCGGAGCAAAGUCCCUCACCUACCCUGGAGAGACUACUUCUGCCCUAGUGGAUGGUCUGCAGCCUGGGGAACGCUAUCUUUUCAAAAUCCGGGCCGCAAACAGGAGAGGACUGGGGCCUCAUUCCAAAGCCUUCAUUGUCGCUCUGCCAACAACCCCUACCAGUGAGUCUGAUGUUCAGCAGAAAAUCGGCAGGGAAGAUCAUCACAAGCCGGAAAAGCCCCAGCCUUCCUCAUCUUCUCUCAAAGCUCCAGCUUCCUCAAAACACACUCAUUUGCCUGUUUCUCCCCAAGGGAGAAAUGGCAAGAGCCUGCUUCUUGACUUGAAGAACAAAAUAUUGGCUAAUGGAGGGCUGCCCAGAAAACCCCAGCUUCCCCCUCGGAAGAGUGAAAGGGUGGAUCUUCAGUCGACAGAAAUCACUGAGGAGGAAGUGCUGGAUUCCCGAGGGGACCCCCCAACCUCACCCUCAGAGACCCAAGGCCAGAAGCCCCAGCAGAGGCCACCAAGUAGACCUGUCCACCCGGUCCUCGCUCCUGGGAGGACUCCAGUGAGAGCCCGAAUGCCGGUGCUGCCCAGAAAGGAAGGCGCGGACAGGCGUGGCUCCUCGCCCAUCUCCCACCCUCGUCCAGGCGCGCCCCCCUACGCAUCUUCUGCCCCCUCCAAAUCCCCCGAGGACAGCGCUCGCCGCCCUUCCAGCUCUACUGAUAAUGACUCAGUGAGCCAAGAGGAGGAAGAACCAACCGCAGGCUCCCCGCACCCCAAGGAUGCCGCCUCCCAGCAGCUGCCUCCCAGGAGCGCAGCCCACACUCGGGCUGCCCUGUCGCCCAGCCGCCACCCUGCCUGGAGCGCCCUGCGCGACAGAGGCUCCGCGCACCACGGUACAAAACCAGCCUUGCCCGCGAGGAGGGCGCCCCAUUCUGAGGAUGGGGAGGAAAACUCCAGGGCUUCGGCCCCACCUUUGAGACUUUCUCCAUCCCAUGGGGGGUCAUCUCGGCUGCUGUCCACCGAACAACAGCCCGGGUCUCCGCUCUACAGGGGCUGGAGGGACGGUCACGACGUCCCAGCUGCCAAGUCCACCUCGGCGUCACGGUCUACCCAGCCUUCCUCGGUCUCCUCUCAUCUCUCUUCAAGGACACAGGCCUCUGAGGGAGCAGAUGACUCUGAUAGAGAUGGUGACGAGGAUGCUGCAGGUAAAGGGAGACAGGCUGAAGCCACGGCCCCAACAUUUCGAUCCCGGCUGCCUGUCUCUGGACAUUUCAGUUUGCUCAGAAACAGGCCCUUUGCUGCCCACGGUAGAUAUCCACACAGGUUUGGCAGCGGCCGGGGGCCCCGGUUACAGCCCUCCAGCUCCCCGCCGUCCACCGUGUCCCCCCGCAUUCACUCGAGGGUGAAUUCUCACCCAGCUGCUGACCAUAGGCGAGGGUCGGGUGGCCGUGAAGACAGCGAAGAGGAGGCAGAAGACGAACAGCCACUUCCUGCCACCGUGGUGAAUGACCACGUGUCUUCCUCCUCCAGGCAGCCUGCCUCCCGGGGCGCGGACCAUCUGAGAAGAGGCCCCCAGAGAGGGGCGAGCCUGCCGUGGAAGGAGCCCCUGGAAGAGAACCCCAAAUCCGCGGGGACUUGGGCGGGGGUUCAUCCUCAGGCCAAAUCUCCGUCCUCUAAGCCGCAGGAUGUUCAACAGAGCACAGACGCGGGCGCGGAGGGCGGGUCUCCCAAAACGCACCUGUCUCCUGCGCCACGGUCACCGCACCACCGCGGGUCCAGCCUGCCCAAAAGGGUGAGUGCCGAGUCCGCCGCUCUGGAGAAGCAGCCUACAUCGGCCGUCUCCGCGUCCCAGCAACAGCCCCAGGAUCCGCAGAGUAAGGAUGUGGAGCAUCCGCCUUCCAAACCCCAGCACGCCCUCCCCCAGGCCAGGCAGUCCUCCCUCACGGCGAGCUCCCGGGGGGUGCUCCCCACCUCUCCGCAGAAUCAGAAGGAGGAAUCCGACGACAGCUCAGAAGCGGAGACCGGGGGCAUCCGGGCUCCCGCAUACUCGGCGGGUGCGAAGGACGCCACCCCGUCCCUUCCCAAGCACCGCCAGGUGGAGGCUCAGGCAGGAAGCGCAGGCGACAGUCACCUGCGCAGACCCCCAGGCCGCCCCGGCAGCCUCCACCCCCACGCCCGCACCAGGGUCCCCAGCAGAGCAGGGCCCCAGGCGGUGGGGAAGAAGUACGGCGCGUCCCAGGCCACGCCAGCCAAAAGGGAGCCCCUGCCGUCAAAAUCUCAGCAGUCGGUCUCGGUCGAGGAGGAAGAUGAAGACGUGAUGUUUUUUAAAGGCGGAAAGGACAAGGACAAAGACCCACUGUCUUCCUCUGUUCCAAAGUGGCCCUCCUCCUUCAUCCCCAGGGGCGGCAAACACGCGGAUGGGAACAUCGCUAAGGGGGAGCCUGCCGUCGUGUUCGCCCCCCCCAGAGUGAGCUCCCCGCAGGAAGAGGACGCCACCCCGGCGAAGCGUCCUCCUCCUCCACCUCCGGGCAGCUCCCCGGGAGCCACGCACCUCCCGCCCAGACACCCCCCUCGCACCCCUGCCACCCCAAGCCCCACGGUGGGUACCCCCUCCCCGCCGCGGUUCACCACGCGCGCCCCUGCCGUCUACUCCUCCACCACCCCGAUGCUCUCCCUGCGCCAGCGCAUGAUGAACGCAAGAUUCCGGAACCCCCUCUCGCGGGCGCCUGUGAGACCCCCUUCCAGACAAGGUUAUAAUGGCAGAUCCAAUGGAGAAGGGAGAGUACUUCCUGGUAGUAAUGGAAAACCAAGUGGACAAAGAAUUAUCAAUGGCCCUCAAGGAACAAAGUGGGUAGUGGAUCUUGAUCGUGGGCUAGUAUUGAACGCAGAAGGAAGGCACCUCCAAGACUCACAAGGAAAUCCUCUUCGGGUUAAACUAGGAGGAGAUGGUCGAACCAUUGUGGAUCUGGGAGGGACGCCCGUGGUGAGCCCCGAUGGCCUCCCCCUCUUUGGGCAGGGGCGACAUGGCAAACCCUUGGCCAGUGCCCAGGAUAAGCCCAUUUUGAGUCUUGGAGGGAAGCCCCUGGUGGGCUUGGAGGUCAUCAAAACAACCACCCGUGCCCCCACUACAACCACGCGACCCACCACCACCACGACCCCUCAGCCCACCACGACCCCCCGGCCCACCACAACCACCACCACGCGCCCAACAACCACACGAACCACGACGCAGACCACCACCACCACCACCACCACCACCACCACCACCACCACCACCCCCCCUGAGCCCACCACCCCCAUCCCCACCUGUCCCCCUGGGACCCUGGAACGACAUGACGAAGAUGGCAACCUCAUCAUGGGCUCAAAUGGGGUCCCGGAGUGCUCCCCUGAGGAAGAUGAGUUCUCAGGAUUGGAGACCAACACGGCAGUGCCCACAGAAGAGGCGUACGUGAUCUAUGAUGAAGAUUAUGAAGUUGAAACCUCAAAGCCACCGGCCACUACCAGGCCCUCCACCACUGCUGCCACGCCAGCCGUUGUGCCCCCAGAAGGCUCCAUCAGUUCCUACCCCGAAGAAGAAUUCGAUCUGGCUGGAAAGAAACGAUUUGUUGCUCCUUAUGUGACGUACCUAAAUAAAGAUCCGUCUGCCCCGUGCUCUCUGACUGAUGCUCUGGAUCACUUCCAAGUGGACAGCCUGGAUGAAAUCAUUCCAAAUGACCUGAAGAAGAGUGACCUGCCCCCUCAGCACACCCCCCGCAACAUCACCGUGGUCGCUGUGGAAGGCUGCCACUCGUUUGUCAUUGUGGACUGGGACAAAGCCGCCCCGGGAGAUACGAUAACAGGUUACUUGGUUUACAGUGCAUCCUAUGAAGACUUCAUUAGGAACAAGUGGUCCACCCAAGCUUCCUCAGUAACUCACCUGCCCAUUGAGAAUCUGAAGCCAAACACAAGGUAUUAUUUUAAAGUUCAAGCCAAAAAUCCUCAUGGCUACGGACCUAUCAGCCCUUCGGUCUCGUUUGUCACAGAAUCAGACAAUCCUCUGCUUGUUGUGAGGCCACCAGGUGGUGAGCCCAUCUGGAUCCCAUUUGCUUUCAAACAUGACCCUGGCUACACGGACUGCCACGGCCGGCAGUAUGUGAAGCGGACAUGGUAUAGAAAGUUUGUGGGAGUCGUUCUUUGUAAUUCACUGCGGUAUAAGAUCUACCUCAGUGACAACCUGAAAGAUACAUUCUACAGCAUUGGGGACAGUUGGGGAAGAGGUGAAGACCAUUGUCAAUUUGUGGAUUCACACCUUGAUGGAAGAACAGGGCCUCAGUCCUACAUAGAAGCCCUCCCUACCAUUCAAGGCUACUAUCGCCAGUACCGCCAGGAGCCAGUGAGCUUUGGCAGCAUAGGGUUUGGCACCCCCUUCUACUACGUGGGCUGGUACGAGUGUGGGGUCACCAUCCCAGGGAAGUGGUAGCCACAGGACGGUCAUGCUGGAAGUGCGCCCUGCUUGGCCUCCUCGACUUCCUUGCACUAGGGCCUGUGAGCGGGAGGAGAGAUGGUGUCCCAAGCCCCACUGUCCCCGGUGUCAGCCAGGCCACGCGGCGGACACCGGACACUUCAGGCAUCAUCGAUCUGCGAGCUCAGUCCUACUUCUUGGCCUGGACCACACACAGGAUUCAGUGUUGCUGUUAACUUUGCUUCUCCACGUGUUUUGCUUAUAAUAGCCCAUCUCAGAGACAGAAGAAAUGCGCAGCCACUGGAUUGCCCGGUGCGAUUUUCAUACUUCUUAGGCACAAAGUUCAGACAUCGGUAUCUCCAGGGACAUAAAUGCGCUGUGCAUGCUUCGUGGAACGCCACCUGCUUUCUUUUUUUCUCACUGCACUCCUCCAAAAGUAGCUAAAUUUAAGCUUUGGAUCUCUUUCUGUGCAGUAGAACUGAAUUACUAAAAAUGCCACCAAAGGAAAUGUAGCCUACUUAAGAUUUAUUCUAUGGACGUACCCACUGCUAGACCAAAUGUAUCAAACCUUAUUUGUAAAUUCUCAAUUUUGAUAUAUAUAUGUAUAUAUGCAUAUACAUAUCCACUCUUGUCUGCAAGGACGUUGAUUAAAAUCGCUGCAUUUGUAC